ACGUAAGCUGCUGAUGAUAAGCAAUUCAAAGCCAUCCAGAAGUAACCGAUCAUUGAUUUAUUAAACAGAUCAUUCAGAUCAAAGUCAUCAUAAGCAGCUACUACUGAUGAUAAAACCAUUAAUAAGAACGCGAAUGAAGUUAAUCUCGUAAUCUUGUUAUUGAACCAUAAUAAUUCACCAUAAGCAAUCAAGAUGAUUGUUAGAUUCUUAAAAAUAGUAUAAAUAGGUAUUGAUAAGAAUUGUAAAGCUUUUGAACCUGUAUAAAUAACUAAAACGAGUGAGAAGCUGACUGGGAACCAAUUCUUUAUAUCAACUAGAUUGAAAUCUUUAUAAUUUAUGAAACCUGAUAACUUUAAAAUGUAAACUGUCAAUAUACAAACUAUUGAUUGUAUUGAUAAUAACAGAAGGUUCAUAUUGAAAUGUUCACCAGAGACGAUAUACUUGUUUAUAAUCGUCAUUGAAAUUGAUGCGAAACAGUAACUAAUUAUGGAUAAUAGUGGUCCAUUUAUUGAUAUUUUAUUCAUUUUCUCAGUUGCUUGCACCACUUUAACCUGAACUAUGACUCCUUUAAUUGGUGUAAUCGGCGGUAGUGGCUUCUAUAAAUUAGACAAUUUAACACAUGUUGAAGAUAUUGAUGUUACAACACCAUGGGGUAAACCUUCAUCAAAAGUUAUGAUCUUGAAUUUACCUUCAAAUGUUCAAAUCGCAUUUAUCGCACGUCAUGGUAUUCAUCACAGCUUAACGCCUUCGGAAGUAAACUCACAAGCUAAUAUCGCCGCCUUAAAACAUAUCGGUGUUAAAGCUAUCGUAGCUUUCUCUGCCGUUGGUUCUCUUAGAGAAGAAAUCAAACCAGGUGAUUUCGUCAUACCAAAUCAAAUUAUUGAUCGUACAAAAUCAAUUAGACAACACACUUUCUUCGGUCCUGGUCAAGGUGUUGUAACUCACGCAAUGUUUGGUGAACCUUUCUCACCAUCUUUAUCAAACUUUAUCGCUCCUUUGAUCAAAGAAGUCUUACCAGAUAACGUUGAUUUACAUACAUCAACAGAUCAAUCCGAUAAAACCGUCGUUUGUAUGGAAGGUCCUCAAUUCUCUACAAGAGCUGAAUCUAGAAUGUACCAACAAUUAGGAGGUGACAUUAUUAACAUGUCCGUACUUCCUGAGGCUAAAUUAGCAAGGGAAGCUGAAUUAAGUUAUUCCUUAAUCUGUACAUCAACUGAUUACGAUGCUUGGAGAAUUAAUGAGGAACCAGUUACUGUUGCUGAAGUUAUCAAAACUCUGACAACUAAUGCAACGAAUUCAAAACAUGUCGUUCAAAAUGUCUUACAACACGUACAUGAAGCUCUCCUCAAGGAAGGAAUUUUAACGGAACAAGGAUCAAUGCAAUAUAGCAUCAUCACACCAAAGGAGAGAUUUACACAGGAAGCUAAAAACACCUUAUCUUUCAUUUUGCCGGAUUACUUUAAAUAGAUGUCUUUGUCAUUUUCUAAAUUUACAACCUUGGUUUGCGUUUUAGUGGGAUGUAUCGUUAUUUAAGAAAUUUCCAUUCUGAAUUAAUCAAACAGCGCUUAGUAAUAUAAUUCAGGAGUUAUAAACAAUAAAAUAAUCUAUUGAGAAAUACGUUGUUGGAUAUAUAAUACAUCACCAAUUUCAACUUCCAAACUCUUUAGUCUGAAACUUCUGAGUCCUUUUAUAGGUCUGACAACAUUCCAACCUGCUUCUACAUUCUCAGCUAUUCUCCAUUCGGCCUCUAAAGGUAUAUGAUCUUCAUUUUUGAGAUAUGUCCAGCCAUUGUUUCUAAAUAAUUCUCCAAAUCGCGUAGCACCAGUCAUAGCUGUUAAAGUAUCAAGAUGAACAGCAGAUGGUUGAUCAUUUGAAACAAUUUCAUGAAAUUCCUGUAAAGCAUAACCACCUGGGUAGUUUCUAGAGCUAACCGCUGUCAUGAAACUGGUGAUAAGGAGAUUUAAACAUAGAGCGCAAAUUGGAAUAAUCAUAAGUGAUUUAGUUGUCAGAAUUUUGCUGUUUCUUAAAUCCCAUAAUCUAGCCAUCGCCAAUCCUGCAAUUGAGUUAAACACGGGGAUUACAUAAAUUAUAAACCUCCAUUCUUUAUGUCCGAUGAAACUAAGGAUGAAUAUGUAAAAUAAUGAUGGGAAUAGUAAAGAUAAUGGCUGAAAUGGCGCUUUUGUCACUUGGGUUUUUGAAUCAUUCUCCUUUACUACGAUGACUUUAGAAGUUGAGACAGUUUCAUUUGGUAAGAUAUCGCUUUUAGGAAGAAUAGCUAUGUAGGAAAGAGGUAAAGCUGUUAGAAGUAUUUUUGGAAGGUAAUUUAGGAAGUAGGUUCUCCAAGGUGAUACCUGUUUUUCUUUCGCUUUGUCUUGAAAAAUGUUAAAGACGAAAGCAUUGAAUUCUGGCCAAAGGAACCUCUGAUCCCAAAAGUAACUAUCAAUUGAAAUGGUAGCUGUCAACGCUGUUAAAGCACUUAAGACACCAAUAACUAUGAUGUUCUUUAAACUAAUACACUUAUUAAACCAGAGUUGGAAGCUAAGCGGCGCGAUUAACAAAAUUAACUCUAGUCUAAAGAUGACAGCUGCUAUAGUCAAUGUUGAUAAAGAUAUAAUGCCGUAUUUGCCUUUGUUUUGGCGAUCGAUGGAGGCUCUUAUGGAGUAAAAUGUUGAAAUAUUCACUAAAGGUAGAGCAAAAAGAUUAGGCAAAGCUCUUGAACACCAAAAUGUGAAAUGGAAUUGAGAAGCAGUUAGUAAUGUCAUCCAAAUGACGGCAUUUUGAUUAAAAGCAUCAGAAACUUGAUUAAACACUAAUUGAGUUGUGAUGACAUUGAUAAAACCCAAUAAAAAUCUACUAGCAUAUUGUAGAUUGAAUAAAGAGGUAUAAUUCUUCAAGAAUUGUAAAGGUAAGGAUAAUAAUAAGUUACCGAUAAAAGUGCGUGGAACUACACCAGGGAAUUCGAAGUGGUCAUACUUU